UGUACAGUCGACUCUAUUUCACAUUUCAACAAAACGUAGUCAGUCGCUUACAUUUAGUGUGUCAGAAAAUUUGAAAGCAGCCACACAACAAAAACAUAAAUCAUUUCGUUAUUGUAUUUUUAUUCGAUUUUCAAGUGGCAUUCGUUCCAUUUUUAUUAUAACUACAAUUUCCGGGGUGAUUUUUGUAAACAAAUAAACAAACCAAACGCAAUCCAUUGGACAUUGGUGCAUUUGUGAACACAUCAAGAGAUUAACAAGCCCGCCGAAGUGAGGUGGACGUGGUGGUUCUCACACAAAACCAGAAGGACAUUAACCAAAUCCGGAAAAGAAUAAUAAAUUACAAAACCGGAUUACCAUGGCUACAGCAACAACGUUGCUGCAACAGCAAUCACAAAUGCAAGAGCAUAACAUCGAGCUGAUGUGUCGCAUAUGUGCAGUUGAUUUUAAAAUUGCCACCGAAGGUGUACCCAUUUUUAACACAGAUCAAUUGAUGGACAAAAUCAAAAACUAUCUACACAUACAGGUCAAUAAUUUGGACAAGUUGUCGCAUCUCGUCUGCAAUGAGUGCGUUCGAAAAAUUGAGAAUUUCCAUUGCUAUGCACUGAUGGCGCAUAAAAAUCAAGAAUUGUUCAAUAUCAUGUAUUCGGAAAAGAUUUAUCGUGAACACUGUACGGCAUUAUCGUCGUUAAACACAACGUUGUAUCGUGAGCCGCCAACGCCGCAAGUUCAACAGGUGCAACCGAAACCGCCAAAUACAAUCACAAUUCAGCCAACUCCACCGAUUAAAAAGCAAAAGGUUCAACCACAACAAAAGCCGAUUAAAUUGCCUCCGACAACAGUGAUAACACCAGCGCCUCCGCAAACUGCACAACAACUACAACAACAACAGCAGCAGCAACAGCAACAACAACAACAACAGCAUUUGCAGCAAACACAACAGCCUGUGGCCGUUUUAUCCACGGAGGACAUCACAAUAUUCACGUACCAAGAUUUGAAAUUGGGUCAAGUUAUAAAAGAUCAAGAGUUGCAAAAGUUGAUAUUACGUGCACUAAAAUGGAAUGAGCCGGGCAAAACAAUUGAUCAACAAUUGGAUCGGUUGAAAAAUGCCAGUUUUCGUGGUGUAUUGAAUAAUCCGGAUUUAUUGCGUGAUGAAGAUCUUGUUCAGUUGCUUGGUCCGUACCUCGAUCAUGGUUCGUUUGCGCCAUUAGAUACGAGUCGAACGACAUCAGUUGAUUACUCGUCAAAAACGAUGAUGGAUCAAAAUGUCACCGAAAUGGAAGUGGGAGUUGAUCCGGAUCUAUUUUUCCCAUACGAUGAUGAUGAGUCAAAGGGCAUGGAUGUUGAAGUGACAAAAGUGACGAAACCGAAGAAAGAACGAAAAAAAGCCGAAUCACGUAAGUCACCGAAUAAAAAGACUUCAACAGCAGGUUCGUCGUCAUCGUCUGUAUCGAGCAUCAUUGCGUCCACAUCACCACCGCCAAAAAUUCGCAUCAAAGCCGAAGGAUUGUUUAAGUCCGCGUUUUCAAAGAAUUCAGUCGCGAUACCGAAACCGGUCAUCGUUGUUCCGCCAAAAAUCGUUCAAAAUAAAACGACCACAACGCCGGCCAUUGUGAAGUCGAAAAUCGGCAACGAUAUGCCAUCACUAUCAGUCAUACCGGAAGCGAAACUUAAAGCCCCGGUAACGGUUGCAACAGUGACUAAAACAAGUGUACCAACACCAACAUCAACAAUCGUUGAUAAGCCAAUCAUUUUGCAAACGCCGCCGUUACAGCCGCCACCAAAGAUACAGAUUCCAACGCUAUCGCCGGCAAAAGUUUCGACAACAACACAGGCUGAGCCUGUAAAGGCGUCGAAAUCCGAACUAAGCACACCGACAAAGGAAAAAGAACCGGAAACACCACCGUCCAAUCCAAAGCCAGAUACUACGACCACAACAACCGCCAAAAAUACAGUUGUCACCACGGCAGCAACAACAACAACGACGAAUACAACAAGCAAAACAUCCUCAAAAGUCACAGCACCGAAAGCCGAGUCGAAGAGCCGACAAUCGCGAAAGGUGAAAAUCGAUCAGAGUGGCCCAAAAACACGUGCCCGUUCCAUUUUCAGUACACGACACAAAUGCGCCAUUUGCAGUAAACGAUUCUCAACCACCGGCAAUCUAAAUGCUCAUCUUAAAACACACAAACCGAAAGGCAAAUUUAAUUGUGAUAAAUGCGGUCGAAUGUUUAAGAGCGCGAUGAAUUUGCAGAGGCACAAUGAAUACCAUUUGGGAGAGAAGUUUUCAUGUCGAACAUGCGGACGCGUAUACCCUUCUGCCAGUACAUUGAAACAACAUGAGAUUUCGCACAGUAACAUUCGACCACACAAAUGCAACAUUUGCCAAAAAACAUUCAAGCGAAGUCAAGAUCUAAAAUUUCACACCAAUCAGCAUACUGGCGCAAAACCUUUUCAAUGUCCAUUUUGCCCGAAAGCUUUCGCAAGUUCCGGUAAUUGUUUCUCUCACCGUAAGCGUGUUCAUUCAGACAAAUCGUUGGCGCCAAGCCCAACGACCACCACAACCACCACCAACAAACGAUCGAAUGCGGUCGAAAAUUCAAAGAAACUAGUAAAGGCCUGAGUAACGGAGAAAAUUGUUGUCGACACGGAUAAGCGGCAAAAAUUCUCAUUUCUUCAUAAUUUCAUCACGAAUUUAUCGAAAAAUUGUUUUCUCAAAGAGAAAAAAGUGAAUAGCAAAAUUGAACCAACAACUCAAACGUGAUUGAAUCAUGAAUGAAACCAACGAAAAAAAAAUCAUAUUCGAAAUUCUGUGAUAUUUCUUUAAAUUAAAGUUUGAAAAUCACGAUACGAUGAUGAUCAUAUAUUGAUGGGUGGACAAUUUUAAGUUUAGAUAAAUUGGUUUAGAAUUAGAUAGAGAAAACAAAAAAAUAAUAAUGAUGUGUAAUUUUCUUCGUAAAGAAGUAAAAAAAAAAAUAAUUCGGAUAGUUUGAGUUCUGAAUAAAAUCGCCACACACAAACAAAGUGAGCGCGUGCGAUUGUACUCCAGAUUGGAGCACAACAUAUAUAGAUAAAACGGCGGAUUAAAUUUUAAAUAUAUAUUGCCAUAUUUUCACUUUAAGUUCAAAAAAAGCAGCAAAACAAUUGUGUUCUAUGCUUUUCUCAAACUUUAAUUUUAAGCAAGCGAA